GGCCGUUUCCGCGGGAGCCAACAUGGCGGCGCGGGCGCUGCGGGCCGUGUGCAGGCCGCGGCUGGCGUUUCUCUGCGCUCGGGCCUCGCAGCGCGGAGCCGCCGCCGGGACCGAGUACCGGAGCGCCUACAGCCUGGACAAGCUGUACCCGCCGCGGCGGGACGGGGCCGCCGCCGACGCCACGGAGAAGACACAGCCGGAUGCCCUUGACAUUCCCCUAGCUCGCCUGACCAUCUCCUACAGCCGGAGCAGCGGCCCUGGCGGGCAGCACGUCAAUAAAGUGAACACCAAGGCAGAAGUUCGCUUCCACUUGGCCUCAGCAGACUGGAUUCCAGAAGCUGUGAGAGAGAAAAUGGCAUCAAUGCAAAGGAAUAAGAUAAACCGAGCUGGUGAGCUGAUUGUGAGCUCUGAAGAGAGUCGCUACCAAAUGAGGAAUCUGGCCAUUUGCUUAGAAAAAAUCAGAACAAUGGUGACAGAGGCCACUGAGAAGCCCAAGGUGGUGUCUAAGGAGACAACACAGAAGCUCAUAGAGAGGGUGGAAAAGAUGAACCGUGAACGACUACGACAGAAAAGGAUUCACUCAGACAGAAAGCAGAGCAGGAAGGCAGACUUUGACUGAGAACUGCAGAGAUGGAAGAAAUCCUUGGCAUCUUUAUAAAGAAAUGGUGUUGGCAGUGUGGAUGAGGCUGGACUCAUGAGCUGUGUUGAAUAAAAAUGAUCUGAAAGUGUAAAUAAAA